AUGGCAGAUUGCAUGGCAGGCGGAACCAACAACGUUCUUCUCGUUACUGAUUCCUACAAAGUUACUCAUCAUGUACAAUAUCCUGAAAAUACAACCCAUGUAUAUUCAUAUUUUGAAAGCAGAGGUGGCAAAUUCCCAAAGACUGUUUUCUUUGGUUUGCAAUAUCUUCUGAAACGAUGGCUUGUGGGACAAAUUGUCACCAAAGAAAAGAUUGAAGAAGCAAAGGAAAUAUACAACCUUCACUUUAAGCAAGAAGUUUUUAACGAAGAAGGAUGGAACUAUAUUUUAGAGGAACAUGAUGGCUACCUCCCACUUCGGAUCAAAGCAGUUCCUGAAGGAACAGUUGUACCUUACAAAAAUGUGUUGUUCACCGUGGAAAACACUGACCCAAAAUGUUUUUGGCUUACUAAUUAUUUUGAGACCCUGUUAGUCCAAGUAUGGUAUCCAAUGACUGUUGCCACAAAUUCCUACUACCAGAAAGAUCUAAUAGCAAAAUGUAUGCAAGAAACAGCUGAUGACUUUUCAGGUUUACCAUACAUGUUGCAUGAUUUUGGUUUCCGUGGAUCAACAUCUGUUGAGGCUGCAGGUAUUGGUGGUUGUGCCCAUUUAAUUAACUUUCUUGGCACAGACACAAUUGCUGCUUUAACAACUGCAAAGAAGUAUUAUAACUGUGAUAUUGCUGGAUAUUCUAUUCCUGCUGCAGAACACAGCACCAUUACAACUUGGGGAAAAGAUGGAGAAGUUAAUGGAUUUCGUAACAUGCUAGAAAAAUUUCCUGAUGGUAUUAUGGCUUGUGUUAGUGAUAGCUACAAUAUCUGGAAUGCCUGUGAAAAACUGUGGGGAGAAGAACUUAAAGAUAUUAUUAUUGAACGAGGAAAGCGUGAUGCUCGCUUGGUUGUGAGGCCAGAUUCUGGAAAUCCUUCUGAAGUGGUCAUCAAGGUGCUUGAAAUCCUGGGUCGUAAAUUUGGAACUACAACCAAUUCUAAAGGCUACAAAUUACUUCCAUCUUAUAUACGUGUUAUACAAGGUGACGGAGUAUCUUAUGAAACUCUUGAGGAGAUUGGUAUGAACCUAAAAAAGCAUUCUUGGAGUAUCGACAAUGUGACCUUUGGUAGUGGUGGAGCUUUAUUACAGAAAAUUGACCGUGACACACAGAAAUGUGCCUACAAAUGUAGUGCCGCUAUCAUUGAUGGAAAAGAGAUUUCUGUGUUUAAGCAACCAAUAACUGAUACUGGGAAGAAAAGUAAAAAAGGCCGCUUGACACUUGAAUGCAAGGAUGGCCAAUUUGUGACUGUUCAAAGAGGGAAAGGUGAUCUUAAUAAAGACAUACUUGUUCCAGUUUUUGAAAAUGGAAAAUUACUGCAAGACUAUACAAUGGAUGAAAUCCGUUCCCGAGCUGAAAUUGAUUUGCUGAAGAAUAACUGA